GGACCUUGGUGUUCACGAGAGUACAUUUCUACUGUAUGCACCGCCAUUAUGGAUGCUUUAGUAAAUUAUGGGAGUGACGGUGAAAACAGUAACAAUUCUGACGAUACAAAGGAUUCCUGGAAACCGAUGAAAAAUGUGACAAAAACUGCUAUGUUCCCUGCAGAAAGAGCCGACAUGUCGAACAGAAGAGCCAGCGAUGCUAAUUAUGAUCCAGUACAAAUGGACAUGAGUGAGGAGAGCAAUAACAACAAUUCGUCGGAUGAAUCGGGCAGCGAACGUGUAAACAGCCCUCCACCCAUUGGAAGAAUUCCGAAUGUGACAAAAACAGAUUCACCCAUAAAUUAUCCUUCUCCCCCGAGUCUGAGGCGACUGGACCAUGAGAAUAAUUCUUCCAAUACCCAAGAGGAAUCAAAGCGAAGUGAUAGAUCUGAACGAAGUCGACACUCAUCAGACAAAACUCGCAGAUCUUCGUAUGAAGAUAGAAGACGAGGAAGUGAUUACAGAGAUAACAAAGACUCCAGAAAAUCAAGAGAUGACGAUAGGAGAUCUCGUGAUGAUGACAGAAGAAGAGAAAGAGAUAAAGUGUCGUCUAGUAAAGAUGAGAGGGACAGAAGCCAUCGGGAUGAUCGGAGGGAUCGAGAUAGGGAGAGAGAUAGAGACAAGGACAGAGGCAGAGACAGACGAAGGGACAGAGAUCGAGACAGGGAUCGACGUCACUCAAAGGAAGGUCGUUCCAAGGAUCGACACAGAGAUGAGAGGUCGAGCUACCACAAGGAAAGGGAUCGCACAAGAUCACGGUCAAGGUCCAGAGAUAAGAAUCAAUCCAAUUACAGAUCUUUGAGUUACAGAGAGGAAAAAAAUAGGAAUAAGCUCGCACAAUUGGAGAAGCUAGGAAUCGAGUUGAAGUCUCCUGAGGGCGAAGCUGUGGCAAUAAACUCACAGGAACCAAAUUAUUACAAUCCUCUUGCCACGGCUACUCAGGGAAAAUAUGCAGAGCAGAUUCAAAAGAGGAAACUACUUUGGGCUAAUAAGAAACAAGAAGAAGGUACUAGUGCCCCGACACCUGCUGCAUCAGCAAAUACGUGGGUAGGCACUACAUUUACUCAUGACCAAGACGGAAAGGUAACAGCCAAGUUCAAACGAUUGAUGGGUAUCAAAGGAGAUUUGCCAGCCGCAAACACUGAAGGUUCGAAACCAGACAUUCUAAAAAAGCAGGAAGAGAUGUUCACUAAUAUGGAGCAGCAGUACGAAGUAGCGCGCGCUACUACGCAUACACAACGUGGGGUUGGUCUCGGUUAUGCCAGUGGAGCAUACCAAUUUCCACGAUAAAAUUACACUUUUUCUCCAUAGAAGCAUUUUAAUACAAAUCAUUGAACGACAUGUGUAAAAAGUGAAUGGAGUAUGAAUCUGUAGAGUUGAAUGUUUUUUAGUUUUUAAGUUAUUUACUGUCAGCGAUUCGUAAGAGUGCAUUAAUCUAGAAUCAAAUAGAUGCCACUUUCUGCUGACUAGCGAGUUCUGUACCAUUGCGAGGUUCUCAUCAAAUUUAACUGAAGUUCGAAAUUCGGCCCGCAGGCUAUUGAAAUUAUUGUAAUUAAACGAAACAUGGUUUUUCAAUAAAGAUGCUGCACCAUUCA